GAAAACGAAAAAAAAAAAAAAACUCAAAUUCCACCUGCAAAUUUUCGUCCCAUUAAUCUAUAUUGCUCAGGAGGUGUUCCUGUUCCACCAAGCACCGCCUGAGAUUUAUUUUUAAAAAAGUAAAAAAAAGAGAAAUUUCAAUUCCAUUUUCCUUUUCUUUUCUGUUUCCGCAUCCUUUUCGUUUUCCUUUUCCGUUUUGAUCUUUAUCGUUCUCCAAUGGCUUCCGAAGGCUUCACCGACAAGAACACUCUGUUCAGGAAACUCAAGGCGAAGUCCGAAAAUAAGAUGUGUUUCGAUUGCAAUGCUAAGAACCCAACUUGGGCUUCGGUUACGUAUGGGAUCUUCCUCUGCAUCGAUUGCUCCGCCGUUCAUCGUAGUCUUGGCGUGCACAUCAGCUUUGUGAGAUCUACGAACUUAGACUCAUGGAGUCCCGAGCAAUUAAGAAUGAUGAGCUUUGGAGGAAACAAUCGUGCACAAGUUUUCUUCAAGCAACAUGGUUGGUCAGAUGGUGGUAAAACAGAGGCAAAGUAUACAUCCAGAGCUGCUGAGUUGUACAGGCAAAUUCUUUCAAAGGAAGUAGCUAAAAGUAUGGCUGAAGAGGCAAGCUUGCCAUCAUCACCUUUCACUCCCCAGUCUGCCCAAGGAGCUAUUGGACUUCCUGAAGUCAGGACCAAUGAAGUAACAAAAGAAAACACACUGGAGAAGCCAGAAAAGCCUGAGAGCACUUCUUCACCUAGAGCUUCAUAUACAGUAGUUUCAAGUACGAUGAAGAAGCCUAUUGGUGCUAAAAAAACUGGGAAGAGUCUGGGGCUUGGUGCGCGUAAGCUCACUAGUAAGUCAGGUGAGUCUCUCUAUGAGCAGAAGCCUGAAGAACCACCUGCUCCAGUUUCAUCCUCAACAAAGAACAAUUUGCCUGUUGGGCCAUCUUUGACAUCCCGGUUUGAGUAUGUAGAAAAUGUCCAAUCAUCUGAGUCGAAUUCUGGAGGUUCACAUAUACUUAAUCAUGUGGCUCCACCAAAGUCAUCAAGCUUCUUUGCGGACUUUGGAAUGGAUAAUGGCUUUCCAAAGAAAUCUGGGUCAAGCUCCUCAAAAGUGCAAAUACAGGAAUCUGAUGAAGCAAGAAAAAAGUUCUCAAAUGCCAAAUCUAUUUCUUCAUCUCAAUUUUUUGGAGAUCAGAACAAAGCUGCAAAUGCGGAUGCUCAAGUUACUUUGUCCAAGUUUUCAGGUUCAACUGCCAUCUCCAGUGCUGAUCUUUUUGGUGACUCGAGAGAUAACUCCUCCAUUGAUGUUACUGCUAGCGACCUCCUCAAUCGAUUAUCUUUCCAGGCACAGCAGGAUAUCUCUUCACUUAAGAACAUUGCUGGAGAAACAGGGAAGAAGCUCAGCUCAUUGGCCUCCACCUUGAUGACAGAUCUUCAGGACCGAAUCCUCUAAAAUGUUAUGUUUGUAUUUAAGAGAAUCUUUAGUUUGCUACAGAUACCUGCCAAUUAUGUUUUGGAAUGUAAUAGAAGAGUUCAAUAUACAAUUCUUUGAGAAACAGAAAAUAAGAUUCUAUAAUUUUCGGGGUUGUCGUUUAGGCUGGUGUUUUUAUUUUGUAUCAUGGGUAUUGUUGAGGUGUUAAUGUAUUUUGGAUGGUUUUUUUAUUUUUUUGGUAGUCAAUGCCAGUUUGUCGCGAACUCAAGUAUCAAUUAGAGAAAUAACUU